AUGAUCGUGCAAUUUUUCAGCGUCCUCCUCGUCCUUCUCUCCUCCACGCUGUCGAAAUCAACCACGGACCGUGAAACACCGGAAAUAUUGAACGUAAUUCAAUCAAAAAACGAUUCGACGAAUCAUGACGGAAGGGACGUUAACGAUAAAUCUGGCGAACCGAUAGAAACCUUAUUUAUCCCGGAGGAUCCGAGCGAGUACGAGGAAAUUUUGCAUUAUGUGCGAAAAAUAUUCGGAAUAGAGGAACGAUCGGGGACGACGACCAAUCUAACCAACCAUAAGGGAGGUUUAAAGGGUUUGGAGGAGAACGUGGCCGACAAUACAACCCAGGAGGAUCGGUUUUCGGAGGUUGGAGGUCUCGAAGAGGAGAGGAAUUCGAGUUCCGAAGAGAAGAGAGAAAGGAACGAGGAGAAAUAUUUGCAGAGAAAUCCUGGAGGAGAGGAUUCCUCGAGGACAACCGUCGAGACUAAUAGAGAGGAUGAAGUGGUGUUGAUGGAAAGAAAUAACUACGACGCUGUGUACAAAGAGAAAAACGAACCUGACGAGGAGGACUUAUUGGAGGCUGUAAACUUUGGCCUGAAUGCCAUGGAGGAUCUCUAUACCGUGAGGGAACCGAUGCUUUAUUCCAUGGGACUUUACCUAGACUUCGACAAUCCAGCCAGGCAUGUGGCUGUGUUCAACGAUCAAACAGAGGAGGCGAGAGCUCUGGCGAAGUACGGAUUCGCCAUACUUCAAGGCACCGCGAUGUUCAAAAGGAAAUUCCCGGACGCCUCCACGGACUCGCUUCUAUCUCGCCAGAGUCAAAGUAAUCCACUCGAACGAGCCUGUCCAAACAGAGGAGUUCCUCACUGUCCAACGGCCAGUCUCAGGUACAGAACCUCCGAUGGAAGCUGCAAUAAUCUGCAGCAUCUUUGGUGGGGAUCUGCUAUGUCCAGCAUGCAAAGAUUCUUGCGUCCUGUGUACGACGAUGGCAUUCAGAGUGUCAGGAGAUCGGUAACUGGAAGGUCACUUCCCAGUCCUAGAAGAGUGACCACGGUGAUUCAUACGGAUAGGGAUGUUCCUCUCGCCUCUGUCACUCACAUGCUGAUGCAGUGGGGCCAGUUCGUCGAUCACGAUUUGACAGCCACCGGACAAAGCAGAGGAUUCAAUGGCACAAUACCACAAUGCUGCCUGAAAUUCGGCGCUGGCUUUCAGCCACCGGAGUUCAUGCAUCCAGAGUGUCUGCCAAUAGCGGUAAGCGUGCAAGAUGGUUUCUUCGGUCCUCUGGGAGUGCAGUGUUUGGAAUUCGUUCGAAGUGGUCCAGCACCAAGAGAAGACUGUACCUUCGGUCCUAGGGAGCAAUUAUCGCAAGUGACUAGUUAUCUCGAUGCCUCCACGGUUUACAGUAGCAACGCCUUUCAGACUGACGCGUUGCGACUGUUUCGAAACGGACUAUUGCAAUACGGAAGACUUCAAUCACAGAGACCAUUACUGCCUAAACUCGAUUCCGACAUCUGCAAGCGUGGAUCAUUAUCGACCAGUUGCUUCAGGGCUGGCGAUGGCCGCCUUGGCGAACAGCCUGCCCUCACAUCUCUCCACGUGGCGUUUUUAAGGUUGCACAAUAGAAUAUCCACGAAACUUGCCGCGCUAAAUUCUCACUGGAGCGACGAGAAACUGUUCCAAGAAUCGCGGAGAAUUGUUGGCGCCAUUGUCCAACAUAUCACCUACAGGGAGUUCCUGCCGAUUGUUCUUGGUCAAGAUGUGAUGAAAAUAUUCGACCUGGAACUUCUGAGAAAAGGUUACUACCAGGGCUACGAUUCCACGGUGAACCCUAGUAUAGUGAACGCGUUCUCCGCCGCUGCUUAUCGCUUUGGUCACUCCCUGGUGCAGCACAGUUUCGUACGGUUCGACAGGAACCAUCAGCCCAUCUUCAACAACGUCUCCAUUCACGAUGAAUUCACCAAUCCAUCGAACCUGGAGACAGCAGGGUCCGUAGAUCGUCUCCUCCUAGGUUUAAUCAAUCAACCUGCUCAGAGAAGAGACGAGUACUUGACCGAAGAACUGACAAAUCAUCUCUUCCAAACUCCUAGCUUCCCCUUUGGAAUGGACCUAGCCUCUAUCAACAUCCAACGAGGCAGAGACCACGGUAUUCCUCCCUACGUGCAAUGGCGUGAACCCUGCGGCCUGUCUCCCAUAAGAAACUUCCAAGACCUGGAGAAAGCUAUGCUGCAAUCGUCUGCACAAAAAUUCAAACUCGUUUACGCAUCGGUGGAGGAUAUCGAUCUGUUCUCCGCUGGAUUGGCGGAAUUAUCGGUGAAAGGUGGUCUAGUCGGUCCAACCUUUGCCUGCAUAAUUGGCCAACAGUUCAAUCAUCUACGCAAAGGGGACAGAUUCUGGUACGAGACUUCUCGACAGGAGAGUAGCUUCACUCCAGGUCAGCUUCAGCAAAUCAGACGUGUCACCUUGGCUCAAGUACUAUGCACAACUAUGGACACUAUAGAGAGCAUUCAACCGUUUGUAUUUCUCACGCAAGACACGCUUAAGAACGAAAGAUUGCUCUGCAAUGAUUCUCUCAUCGGCCAGUUGAAUUUGGAGUACUGGGCUGAGAGGCAAGCUGAGUUUAAGAGCAGAGCUGGUAUACCGAAUAAACUCUUAGAGAAGACUACUCCAUCUUCUACUAUAAUUAAAAAAAUUUUCAGCCAGAAACAGACUACUCAAAGGAGCAGUACGAAUCGUCAAGAAGAAAGGAUAUUCCCUUUGAACGCAAAUCCACCGAGAACAAGUGUCCACCAGCAGAACAGAAUUGUCGUGAAGAAACCUCUUAGUACACCGGAUAACGUCACUAUCAUCGUCCAGAAUAACGCUAUUAAUUCGCCUGUCUUCAUAAGAGACAGUGUUCACGGAUCGAGCAUAAGAGUAGACCCUUCGCUGAACCAUCAGUCGCAACAGAGACCAGCUUCUUACGAACCUUUGCCCGUUCCAAUAGUUCAGCCCCCAGUAAGACCAAUUCCAACGACACAUCCAGUUGUAAACUUGUACCUCGGUCGACCCUACGUUCCGUACGCUUACGACGAUCCCAGUAACCCUAAUCCCUUGACCCAGUCUUACCGACCUGGUUACGUUCCCAAAGACGUGGUUUUCGAUGGUUUCCCUGGAACGAGUCCCAGACCAACUUUGUACACCUAUUACACCAAUCUCCACAAACUGACCACUCAGAAACCUGCGAAUUAUGAAUCAGGGGAUCAUGGAACCAAGCAAGCUUCCUUGAACUCCGAAUCUACUAGACCUUACCAACAAUCUCACGAUAAUGAUAAAUACAGUACCAACACGUGGCAGAAAAUACAGUAUCAGAAUGAUUACGGACAACCUAAUUUUCAAGCCUAUUGGCAAAGACCGUUGAGCAAUUCUGCCAGCAAAUUAUCAGAUCGCAACGAGUACACCACUUGGUCUAGCGUGUCUUCUGAUAAGAAAGAGUCAGCUAAGCCUGAUAAUCCGUUUAAUUUUAAUAGACCUGCUUAUCAAAUUACCAAACCAUUAAAUAACAGGCCAACAGCUCCGAGUAAUAACGAUGAUUGGUCGACUAUCUCGGCUUAUCAGAAGGGACCGGUUAAAUCAAAUACUGAUCACAGUCAUAGUUAUCAGCCUCUGCCUACCGGUAGACCUACCGUAACCAUUAUUAACGUCCCAUUAUCCUCUUCAUCCGGAAGACCCACCGUGGACGAUGGAUUCAAGAGAGAUCCGAGUGUGUCUUACGCGGAAAAAGUCUACGAUAACAGAUUCUCCGUUCUGUCAGAUUAUCAGACGGAUAAAUUAACCGAGAACUCUUAUCAGAGUUUCACGCGACCGAAUCCACCGUAUAGUGUUACCGUGGUGACAGAGUCGACGGAAACGACGAGCGAAGCCGGAUACGAGGUGGAUGAAACGGAGAAUCAAGUGACCGGUGAAAUUCCAAGACCGUUGACCUAUCAGACGGGCAACAAUAGAGCGAGGAAACCUGGACAGUAUUAUUACGAGAAGAACGUGUUGCAUCGAUAUCCAGAUACGAUUGAACACGCGAAAGAGAUGUACAACGGUGAACAGAGACACAGGGUGUCUAUCGAUCAAGCUGUUAUCAAUGCUUCCGUGAGGAAUCAGAUUAUCGACGAGAAUGGAAGCAAUACGGCGAAUCGAACGAGGAAUGAUUCGUCGGACAGUACGAUGGCCGAUAACGUCAAUGAAGAACCGGAUGAAGCCGCUACGUCGGAAAAUAGAACGAGUCACUGGCUGAAUCCACAAGAGGACUCGAGCUUGUCGUCAGCUAUGGAGGUGCCAAACGUUCCAACGGAUAGAGGACUGUCUGCCAAGGAAUUACCGAAGCCUAUUAAGCUCAGAAAUUACACCUCCUGA